UUGGGUUCUACAUUGCUCGGGCUGGUUCCCUGCUGUCUUUUUCUAACAUCAUCUUGCUCCCCAUCAACAUCUCCUAGAAAUGGUGCUUCUUCCGUACGCAAAUUCUACAGCUUUUGAAGAGACAUGGCCGACAUGUUACAAGAUUGUUCUGUCCAUCUUGACACUGUUUUGGGCUGUGACAACAGGACUUUUCAUCAUACGACGAAAGUCUCAGUUUAUGGCGGGUAGGGAAGUAGGCUGGACCCUCGUUCAGGCAGCAGCAGGGUGGCUGGCGGUAGCUACAUCUUGCUUGACAAAGAUCUACUUUAGUCAGCCCUGUUUCAUACAGCUAUGGGCUUACAAUUUGACGGGAAUGGUGUGGUGUCUAGCGAUGCUUGUAAGAGGCAUAAAGUUCUACUUCCAAGUACAGCUGAAUCAUGUCAGACUGUUUGGGACAGGCAGUCUUGAAAAAAUACCCACCUCCUUAAGCGAAGAACCUUCUUCCACGUCUACCCGAGUCAGGACUGCUAGCCUUCGUGACAAGCCCACCAUAAUGCGAGGAUUGUACCUACCGUCGUCAAUACCACCGUCGCCAGUAUCUAACUCGAGUGAUUAUGGAGUCAUAGAUCCGUCAAUUGCCUCUGUUUCUCGCAUGGGCCGGCGGUUUGAAGGCUCUUACAAUUUUGAAGCCAGAGAUACCCUAAGAGGGAUGCGAAGCAACUGGUGGUGGACCAAUCGAGAGAGGUCCACAGAUAGAUACCUGCUUUUUUGGUUUGGAGUGAUUAUGGGAGUGGACGUGGUGGGAAUGGUGUUGGUUCAGAUAUUCACGAAGACGUUCCAGAUAUGGCCGACAGUCGCGAUUUCUCCCGGGUGUGUAUCCCAAUGGGAGUACUUGCCACAAUUUCUAGGCACGUUUCUCUAUUAUACCAUAGCGUGUCCAAUAGUGUUAUGGAGGUUGCGGUCUGUUAGAGAUAAUUAUGGUGUUCGCAAUGACUUGCUCAUUAGCGUGCUUACCACCCUGCCGCUGUUUACGAUGUUCCUGGCAUGGCGUUACAUUCCGCGGACCGCAUACCUUUCGUGGCAUCCACACAAUUGGUACAUACUUGGGUUGAUGGUGGCCCAUACAAUAUCCGUUCUAUAUCCGGUCAUUCAGUCCUAUCGAGACGAACGAAUCCGUGCCAAAAUGGUUUUACUUCACAAUAUGACGAGCUUCGCACAAGUUUUAAGCGACAAGGCAAUAUGGGACCAAUUUAAAACUUAUAUGGCAGCAGAUUUCUGUGUCGAGAACGCUCUCUUUUUCGAAGCAUACCAGGAGCUUCUUGUCAUCGCGGCAGCAGCGUUUGCACGUGCCAACAUUGUUAUUCCCGGAAUGCCCCAUCAUGGAUCAGCUCUCGCCACAUCGACCAUCCGUAGCGGGAAGAUUUUCAACGAUCUUCUCCGUCGCCGGGCGUCGAUGAGCGGAGGAGGAUACCCGCAAAUUUGUUCCUUGACCCGCAAUCGCGCUCCAAGUACCACCCCAAGUUCACGACUUUCCAGCACUAACAGUAGCUCAUCACCGCAAAUUGAGACCACUGCUCCCGCAUCCAAGCCUUGCACUUCCCACGAGAAUGAGCAAGUUGGCGGGCCCCUUCCCGUCUUUGUUGACAUGCCCGUUCCAGAAUCAGCUCGUGCGCUGUAUAAAGCAUUUUAUGAAAAUUACUUGGAACCUGGUGCGCCGUAUGAAGUCAAUCUGCCUUCAAACAUUCGGGACCAAGUCCAGCAUGCGUUGAGCGAAGAUAAGAUAACUGUAGGGAUGUAUGAUGCCGCAAAGGACGAGGUGGUCCAGAUUAUGUUUCUCAAUAGCUUUCCCACGUUCCUGCAUGCAAUCCGCAACCAGGGACAGUACACGGUAGACAUUGCAGGCUCUGUUGACAUUAAGGACAUACAUGAACCAGACAUCGGUGUGGACAGUGGAAUGGAAAAGGGGACCGCUCAAGUGUCCAUGGGAUCCGGGGAACCGUAAAUGGUCUACAGGCACCCAUAUUCAGUAGCAUGAUAUCACUGCUCUCUGAUUCACCGCAAUUACAUGUAUUUAUUUCUGUAAAUAUGAUAAAAACCAAGGUUCCUCAGAUA